AUGCCUGCAGAGUCAAGCGUCUGGUCUCGUCGAGACUCGUGGCCACCGACCCAGGUGCGGCUGAACCCGUCCAUGUCCAAGGCGAGCAGCGACCCCAGGCCGCUCCUCGAGGACAUUGAUGACAACCCUCUCACCUACUUCCUCACCCCGGGCAACGACAUGGGCGACGUUGGAUAUGAGGACAUGGUCUAUGAUGCCGGCAUCGAAGACUCGAGCCAGCCCCGCGACAUUGUGCGCAGCGUGAGCCCAUCGAGCCUCGAGGGCCUCGGCAAUCCCAAGGCGCGUGCCGCGUCCCCGGAACUGGACUCGGACGGCCUCACCACCGACGAGGACGACGACGAGGACUACGUGCGCUUCUCGCCCGGCAGCCCGUCGCGCCUUGCAUCGCUGCGAAACAUUGCCAUUGACGGCCUCAGGCUACGCACCAUGAGCCCCGUGCACGGGCGUGCCGCGGACGGCCUCUUGUCGCCAGCGUCUUACCCGGCCGCACGGACUCGUGGCAGGAGCUCGGCGCGGACUCAGCGGGUGGGCCAGGCGAGAAGCAUGUCGGCCCGCCCACGUCCAGGGCGGCUGUGGCGGGAGCCGAGCCCGGAUGUGUGGUCCAUUGAGGAGGAGACGGAGGAGGAGAUGAUGAGGAGCCAGACGGACGGCGAGGGGGAUGGAAGCGGCACGGGAAGUAAUGGAGCGACGCUAAAGAAGACGGCUGCGAGGCCGAAGAAGAGGGUGCGAUUCCUGCUUCCGGCGCGGGAGUAG